AUGAAGUGGUCAGGGUCGGUCCUCGUGGAGGCCAGCCUUACGCUUCUCCUUGCCAACGGAGCAUUUGGGGCUCACCUGACAACCAUCGACCCGUGCCCCAGUGCUACAAGCCUGAGCUUGGCCCCUAUCACUGUGUCUUCUCAAUAUCAACCGGUCUCUACUUGUGAGCCUACAACUGCUUGCAUCAAGGGAAAGUGCUCCACCAUCUACUCGGUCACGACAUAUCCAUAUGUCUCUACCGCAGUUCCCUGUGCAUGGAACGGGACGACCAGCCAAAUAACUACCGUGACUGAUGUUAAACAAACCUUGAUUGUCUCCGAGCAUCUUGAGACCAUCACCAAAGUCACGGCAGCCCCUACUCUCCACAAUGGCAACUGGAUUGACUGGUUUGGGAAGGUGAAGCCGGCCACUAAAGCUACAACUACCCUGUACGAAACUGUCACCAGACGAGGACUAGCACCGUUCGAGGCCGUCGGCCCUUUAGCGAUUCCGGGCUGGGACGGCAGUGGACUAUGCCACAAGUGUGACGAGAAGCAAUCGAAUGGCGGCGGUCGCUCUCAGCUUCUGGAUGUGAUCGAAUGUCGAUCUGGUAUCAACGAGGCCGGUGACCAAUAUGAAAAAUGCAUCGAAUGGUACGAAACCUUGAUUGAACAACCAGCCACGUCGGUCACUGCCCAAGGUCACUGCUCUAGUCGCGGUCAAAUUCCUCAUGCCGGUACAUACACCUGGACGUUUCCCCAAGUUGCGCCUCCUGUCACUGUUACAGCCCCUCCAGUGACGGUUACUGUCACGGUUGAAGGUCGUCCGUCUGUCACGGUACAUCGGAGUGAACACGUGAUCCCUGGCCAGCCAUGGAAUGCCUAUGUCACCAAAAGCUUCUCCGGUCCAACGACUUUCAACUUCAAUGUCUACGUUACAAAGGUCACGGAUCGGGCCGGUGGCCAUUGCCAGGAAAUGAUCCGAGCUGGACUUCUAUGCACGGUGGCGGUCAAGCCUGGGCCGACUGGAACUUGA